AUGGUCAAACAUCGUAACAUCUCUGAAUUGUGUAAUGAUUUUAGGAGUUCUGUGAAUAGUAAAUAUGAUUCAAAUCAUCAUUACUGGGAAAGUGAAUCAUACUCCAAGGUUUACUUCAAGGAUCCAUACCGUGGUAAAAAAUUUAAAUAUUAUGACUCCAGCAGUUUUUUGAAAUACUUUUUCUUUCACUGGGUAACUAAAUGGGCAUAUUAUGUUUCCAAACAAUAUGUAGAGCCAUAUAAGUUACAUCCACUUCCUGUUGCCGACCAGAUCCUACGUUGGCAACCACUUUUAUCAAAACACCUCAGCGAUGGUCUACUUAGAUUGGAAUCACACCAAUCAAAAUAUUCUGAGUCUGAUAAAUUUGGCGCUUACAGGCAUAUUCUGUUACGCGCAUUCUUUCUGACAUUUUGGAAACGAACAUUAUUUGGUCUACUUGGCAUUGUGUUUACUAAUGUUCUUAGUAUGAGCAUUUCAAUUUUGAUCAAGCAUUUACUGGGUAUUUUGAACACUAAGUCUUUUACUCUAGCUAAAAUAUUUCUGUUUCUAUUUGCUAUAAUAGGUUUACAAAUUGUAGAUGGAUUGUUUAUGGAAAAUUUUAACUUUUAUCUAAAUAGACUAAAAAGUGUAUGUGAGAAUUCAGUUGCAAUCACAAUAUUUCAACAUGGCUUAUGUUAUAGGCGCAACUUCAAUAACAAUGUUAAUGGGUCCAAUGUCUUGAACACUUGUAACAGUGUCUUACACAGUUGUUCUCCUGAAUCCAAUUGUUCUAAAAAUCCGUUGUUUUGUCCUGCAAGACGAUACCAAAACAAAGAUAUUAAUUCUAACAUAUUCACCUAUGAAUACUACGACUCAUUCUAUAUUUCUAUGUUUUUAGAAUCACUGAUUUAUCUUGUUGACUUCUCAUCAAACUUUAUCUAUGGGUUUGUGUUGAUUUCAUUACAGAUUAAGGCCAAUUUAUGGGUCCUGUUCUUAGUUGGAAUAUUUUUCACAUUUUUGAUGAUGGUCGUUGAGAUCAUAAAUACAUACUUGUUCCACUUUAUAUCAUUAAUUAAGGAUUAUAGGGUUGGAGAAUCAAGUGAAAUUAUAUCUGAGUUACCUCUGAUCAAAAAGUUACUUUAUGAUGAUAUUGCCAUUAACAUUAUUACUGAGACUAGGAAUAGUGAACUACUAUUGUUUUUGGUUAGAGUAUUCUUAACACUUCUUAACAAAACAUUUUCGGUAGUUUUUACCAACCUAUCAUUCUAUGUCUUGAUGAGAUAUUUUGUGAAAUCAGUUAGAGAUGCAGAAGUUAUUACUGAAAUUGAUACGGCUGGCUUCUUGUCAACAUUUUAUAUAUUUUUCAGGAUUAUCAAUUCAAUGUUCAUGUUUCCUUUUGCUCUUAAAAGACUUACUACUUCAUAUGUAUCUUACAACAGAGUUAAAAAAUAUCUUACGACUUGUUCUCCUAACUUUUACAUUAGUGAUAACAAGUUCACAGGUUCUACAAAGAUGUCCUCCGUACUAUCAGAUGUAACUAAAGAGAUUGACAAGGAUGUAGUAGUUCUGUAUAAGGAUGCCUCAUUCUCAUGGGUCAACAACAGGAAGGAUUUUGCUAAUAAGAAUAAUGAGGUUCAUUUGAAUAAUAUUAACUUCCAGCUUAAGAGGGGUGAAAUUGCAAUAAUAAGUGGUAAUCAAGGCUGUGGUAAAUCUAACUUUAUCAAAUCAGUUCUGGGUGAGAUGACACUGGUCAGUGGUUGUAUGGCUGUGGUUCCCCUUCACACAUCAAUGCCUAUAUUUUAUGCCUCCCAAGAUAUAUGGCUUCAACAAGGAACUAUUAGAUCAAACAUAACAUUUGGAUAUAGAUUUGAUGAGGAUAUUUAUAAGUCAGUCAUCAAAGCUGUUGAGCUGGAAUUUGAUAUAUUAUCUUGGGAGAAAGGUGACUUGAGGGUGGUCUCUGAUAAUGCUCAUUCACUCAGUUGUGGUCAGAGAGUUAGGAUGGAGAUGGCUAGAGCAAUCUAUGCCUAUCUUAUAUUUAGUAAGGUUAACAAGGAUUAUAAUAGCCAAUGUUCAUUUUUGAUGUGUCUUGACGGACCAUUCCAUGUUUUAGACCCUUACGUAUCUAGAACUGUUUUCAACAAUUUGUUCAAUGCUCAGACUGGAUUGCUUGUUAAGGAUGACUUAGCUGUUAUCCUUUCAUCAUCACUAACUUUGCUUGAUAAAUGUGUCUCACCAUCUUAUACUAAAAUCUUCCCAAACAUACCCAUAUACGAGAUUGAUAAUAAAUCACUGUAUUUCCACUGUUAUUUGUCAGAUGUUUUUAGUGAUAAAACACUGAACGGUUUUGAAUAUAUCACACCACCAUCAGGUCAAUAUAAGCUAAAUUUCUUCACUAAGGAUUUGAUGAAACUCUGUUAUUCAGGUUCCAACACAAGGCCUGGUAGACGCAUUCUCACAAAGUCCAAGUAUGAACAAUCGUUUAACUCAAUUGUUAAAUCUGAUUAUUCUGAAGAAAAGUUUAAUCAAUAUGCUCAGUAUUUCAAGGCUGCUGGAUUUACUUUUGUUCUGUUUACUAUAAUCACUUUUGUUACUAGUGUUAUGGAUAACGCCAAGUUUGUUCUCGCAACAGAUCUUACCGAUUAUAUAUCCAAUAAAAUCAAAGACUUCAAUAGUGGAUUGUCUAUUGGUUUAUCAGAAGUUAGAUCACACAGUAACUCUGCACUAAAUACAAUACUGAUCAUUGUAUCAAUUAUUACUGUAUUUUCAUUAUUGUCAACCCUAUUGUUUACUGUAUCAUGUCUAGUGGCAUCAAGAAGGAUUCAUGAGUAUUGCAUCAAUUCAGUUUUUAAGAAUAGUUCAUCAGUUAUCAAAAUCAAGAAACAAAUUAAUCAAAUUAUAACAUAUUUAUCUACUGACAUCUAUUUUAUUGAUGAAUACGUUGGAAACAUGAUAUCUUCUGCUUUAUGUUCAUUCAUUCAGACAGUGAUUUGCAUAGCCACACUAUUCUACACAAUUCCCUUAUCAGUUCCUGUUAUGUUUACAUCAGUAAUUAUUUCUUAUCAUUUUUUCUUGUCAAAAUACUUCAAAGCAUCCAGAAAUCAACACAUUGGAGAUUUAGAGUCUACGUCACAUAUUAACACAGUGUGUGAGAAUGCUAUAUUUGGAUCGCCCAUUUACAGAAGUUUUAAAAAGGAAUGGGAAUUGGUUAAUGAUCUUAUUGAAAGGAUUGACUACAAGUUUAGGUGUAGAUUUUUGGCAAUAAGUUUUGCUUCAUGGACUUCAGUAUUGUCCACAUGGAUAUUCUCUCUUACCACCGCUUUAUUCCUCACUACCAUGAUAUUACUUGAUAAAUUUACAAAUUACAAAAUGAAUGUUGGUUACUUUGGAUUAGGUCUAUCACUGGGUAGCAGUGUUAUUAAAUCAUUCAGCAAUUUCUCAUUUUCAUUUGCCAGGUUACAAGUUUUUAUGUGUUCAGUUCAACGGUUUCAGUGCUUUAUUCCUCCUGGCACUAAGUGUGUAUUUGAUAAGUUCCGUAAUGUUCAUGAAGAGGAUAUAGUUGUUAAUUCUAGCAAACUUGAGGACCAAGUGGAUAAAAAGAUGUUACUUAAGAAAAGAGCACUUGAAUUCAAAGAGACAAAACCCAAUUUAAUAAAGAGGAUUAUGUUUAGGCCAAAAAUCAACAUUAUUGAUAUUUGCAAAUAUCUUCCAUCUGAACACAAUGGUAUAGUUUUGAAGGAAGUUUGUGUAUAUACCACAUCUCAGAUGAAUGAGGAAGGUCUUAUCCUCAAUAAUAUAAAUGCAUCACCAUCUAGGUCAGAUAUUAUCGGAAUCAUUGGCAGAACUGGAGCUGGUAAGACAACUCUAUUAUCUGUUCUGCAAAAUACCGUAAGGUAUAGAACUGGUCAAGUAUUGCUGGAUGGCAGAGAUUUACAAGACAUUCCCAAGAGUGUCAUUAGGCACAUUAUUGGUGUUCUACCUCAACUUCCAUUUGUUUUCAAAGGUUGGACCAUCAGAAGGUUCUUGGAUCCAAGGAGACUAUUUAGUGAUGAUGAGAUUAAUGACGCUCUCCAUAAAUGUGGUCUUCUUGAGUUUGUUAAUAACCUUCAUGGUGGAAGAGAUUUAGAUACUGUGAUUGCCCCCAGGCCUGUUAAUUUGAAGACCAGAGACCCAUCAGCAAAAGAAUCUCUUGGUAAAGACCAAUCAAUAGAUAAUCAUUCGGUAGGUAUUGUGUUAUCUGUAACUCAGCUAAGAACACUUUGGUUUGCCAAACUAUUUUUAUGUAGACAUCUCUAUAGGAUGUUAAUCAUUGAUGAACCUCCAUCUGAUAAUUGUUCAGAAGACGGAUCUGAGGUUCAAGAUAUUGGAAUUCCCAUUUACGAAUUAUUGGACAAAUAUUUCAAACAUUGUACUUGUUUUGUUAUUGCACAUUAUGCCAAAGUCCUUAGAUCUUGUACAUCAGUUUGGGUAAUGCAUAAUGGUAAACUUAUAAAAACAUGUAAGGCUUCAGAAGUAUCCAAAAAUGAAUCGAUCUCAAACAUUAUAGAGGAGAUGGUCAAUAAAUAUUCAAACUAA